AUGGACAAAAUCGAUCGGGUUCUUUACAAGUACGCUGCCGAGGGCGACGACACCAAGGACAAGGUCUAUGGGGCCUCCUUUGUCGUCACCGACAGCGAUGGGCGGAUCAGCUCGGAGACGUCGUCUCCCGCCUUCACGGACCAAUCGUUCAGCUGGGUCGCCUCCCUCACCAAGCUCCUCACAUCCACCGCGCUCCUCCAGCUCGUAGAAGACGGCAAGCUCACGCUCGACCAGGACUUGCGUCCCAUCGUGCCCUACUUCGCCGAGGUGCAGAUCCUGGUCGAGUUUGACGAGAAAGACAAGCCCGUCAUGGAAGAGAACAAAAAUCCCAUCACACUACGCCAGCUCCUCACGCACACAGCCGGAUUCAGCUACGAGUUCGCCGACCCGACGCUACUCAAGUGGUCGCGGCAGCAGGGUCGCCCCGUGUGGCGCCUGAGCUGGUCGCGCGAGGAGGUCUCGACGCCGCUGCGCUUCCCACCGGGCACCGCCUGGGGCUACGGCGUUAACACGGACUGGGCCGGGCUCGUCCUCGAGGCCGUCACCGGGCGCACCCUCAACGACUACAUGGGCGAGCGCAUCUUCCGCCCGCUCGGCAUGGCCGACUCAGGCUUCCGCCGCGCCCAGCUCCCGCACACGGCGCGGCGCACCGUCCGCGCGGCGCUACGGAGCGCCAAGACGGGCGAGCUGAGCGACGCAGCGACGUGGGUGAUGCCGACGGACCACGAGGUGGACAGCGGCGGCGGCGGGCUGUUCACGACAGCGCGCGACUACGCGGCGUUCCUGCGCGGCCUGCUCGCGGGGACGGUGCUCCGGGCGGAGACGUUCCGGGAGAUGCUCCGGCCGCAGCUGGACGAGGCGACGGCGGGCUACCUCGGGGUGCUCGCGUUCCACCCGUCGGUGCACAACACAUUCGCGCCCGAGUUCACGGGCGACCCGAUCCCGCUCAACCACGGACUGGGCGGCCUCCUUAACUUGGUGGACGUCCCGGGCAAGCGUCGGGCGGGCAGCAUGGCCUGGAGCGGGAUGCACAACUGCCGCUGGUGGAUCGAUCCCAAAACGGGCAUCGCGGCCGUGCUGGUUGUCAAUAUUCGUCCCAACGGGGAUCCUGUGGUGGCGAGGCUGUACGACGAAUUGGAGCUGGCGACGUACGAGGCGCUGUCUCGUCCCACAAGCAGGAUUUAG